AUGGAGUCCCGACCUCCAUCCGAGCCGUCUAAUAAACGGCCGCGGUCUCCGACCGCCGACCAGUCGCAACAAUCCAAGAUCCAAAAGACCCAAGCGAAUCAUCUGCAGAUCAAUUAUCUUGCGCGCCAAUAUCCCGAUAACCUCCCACUCGUCUCGGUCGACGACAAUAUGCCCGCCAUUGUCCACCUACUCGGCGAGUAUGACGGCGUCUUGCAUCGGCACGAGAGCAUCGCGGGCAAUCUCGGCGCAUGCCCGCUGGGUCCGAUCCUGAUCAAGCGUUUUGAGCGCUUGUUCGAUGGUCCUCCGCGCGUCAGCAAGUCGCAUGGUGGAAAAGAUAGCCCUACCGUGACUUGGUUAGAUGUCGUCGAGUUCGCGAAGAACAAGCCGGAUCAAUUUCUCCUGGAAAACCGCAAUGGCGUGCGCGUCUGCCAAUUCUAUACAAAGCAGUGUCGCGUGGAGAUCAGCGAGGAGGACUAUCCGAUCAUCGAGGAUGAAGAGAAAGAGCUGGGUGCGCUGGAGAUUUUGGAGAAGAAUCUACAGUCUAUUAUUCAGGCUGCCGAUCAAGUGUCGGCUCGAGCCCGUCAGCUGAGCUACCGUUUGAAGAAUCGCCGCACUGCCAUCAUGAGUCGUCGGAAAAACGAUGCCUCGCUACAUUUACAGUCGCAGUCCCAAUCGCAGUCCCAAUCUCAAUCCCAAUCACAAGCUCGCGUGCCCAAUGAGACUUGGCGCGACUCCAAUGGCCACAACUCAGCUAAUGGCAAUGCUCACGCCUCGCCGUCCGGCUUCGUAGCCGUCAAUACGACCCGUCACGAAGCCGAACCGGCCGAGGACAAUCCUUCCCCUUCCCAAUUUAUCUUCUCACAUGGAACCACCGACAACGUGACAAUCAUCAAUGGCACUUCAAUCAAAGGCGCCUCGCCUACCACGCGAACUGAACUGAUGAAGAAAUUCUUCACCACGGCUGACCGACAGGCUCGCGGCUUCGAAGAUGCCUCUACUCCCGUCAAUUCUCAGACGCCUCGACCACAACCACAAUCAUCAGACCCGGCCGAUUACAGUUUAUACAAUAAUGCUUCCUCUACCCCGGUGGCCAUUCCAAGCACACCAUCUUCAUUGCUUCCACCACCCAAAACAACACCUCAAGAGAAAGAUGACGGAGGUCCAUACAAACUGGAGAUGGUAGCUCGCAUGGAGGAUCUGCAGCGUGGUGAGCGAGUCUCGCCACCAUGCGAUCGAUGUCGCCGGCUUCACAUGGACUGUUUGAAGAAUUUGACUGCCUGCGUGGGCUGUACCAAGAAACAUGCCAAGUGUUCGUGGAGAGACGUUCAAGAGGGCGAAAUACGAGCCGCCAACUGGACCCUAACCACUCCUCGUGAACCUCGCGAGCCCCGUGAAGAAAUCGAGGAAGGCCGUUUGUCGUCCAUGCCUCCUCACAGCCUGACCUCUCCCCCGAAAUACCCGGUCUCUGCCGAACGUGAACACGAACGUCACACCGAGUCCCCCGCUGGUCUGAGCUAUUCCCAUAGCCGUCGAGAGUCUGCGCCAGGUGCUCCUCAUAUCGGACCCGGCUCGGGGGCAUCAAUUGGACUACCCUCAUCUGAAAAGUCUCCUCGCAGGGCUGUUAGCGAGACCGAGAACAGUGGCCGCUUACAGCAACCUGGCAACUCUCGACGUGCCGAUGACGAAGACCCAGAUGCCAACCAGCGAUUGAUGCAGGCCAUUCUCGACACAGUUGAUCAUCAUGCUCGAGUCGCGGCUGCAGUUCAGGAAAAGGAGCGUGGUGCGGGGGCCGAGCGAGGAGGCGAACCGGUUGGUGAGCGUGUUGAACGGACUGUCGAGCGCCCAGCGGAGAAUCCCAGCUUCAACCAUCAUGAUCGCGAUGCGGAUCGAAGCCGGGAGCAUGACCGUGACCGUGAUCGUGAACGGGAACGGGAACGGGAGCGAUGGAUGUUACAAACCUAG